GGGGCCGGAACUUCCUGCGUUCCUGGCCAGCCAUUCCCGGCCCGGGCCGGGGGUCGCGCACCCGCGUUACCCGGCCUCUCCUGAGCUAGGGGGCGAGACCGGGAGGCUGAGCCCCUGCUGCGCCCGGCACCCCAGAGACGCGGGUCCGCCAGGCCCGCCCGCGCCUCGCGUCGCACGCCGGCAUCAGCUGGAAGUCCCAGGGCCCGCCGUGCCCCGGGACAGGCGAAGCUAACCGGUCUCCACCGACUCCGCUGCGAGCCCCGGCACGGAUGGCGGCACGGGGGGCUGACCCGACUCCGGCGGCUCCGCUGCGAGACUGGGCAGCGAUGGUGGUGGCGGCGGCGCUCAGGGUCCCGACACAGGGCUGUGUGACCUUUGAGGACGUGACCAUUGACUUCUCCCAGGAGGAGUGGGGGCUCCUUGAUGAGGCUCAGAGGCUUCUGUACUGCGAUGUGAUGCUGGAGAACUUUGCCCUUAUAGCCUCGCUGGGUCUGACGUCUUUCAGGUCUCAUGUAAUUGCCCAGCCGCAGAUGGGGGCAGAGCCGUGGGUGCCUGACAGGGUGGAUAUGACGUCAGUCAUGGCAAGAGGGGCGUACAGUGGACUUGUCUCUGGUUUUGGCUGUGGAGUGGAGGGUGAGCGUAGUGUGUCUGCAGAAGGAGUGUCACAGGACAGGAAGCUCAAGGAGGCUCUGUGCAACCAGAAAAACUACUCCCGUGACACACGUGGCCUGCCCUUGAAAGACGUUUCGCACCUGAUUGAACACCUGGCAACACAUCCCAGGCAGAAACCAGAUGCGUGUGAGGCUACUGGGAGAGGGUCGGAGUCCAGUACAAACCUUCAGCAGCAGCAGAACAUAGACAAGCCUGGCAGAAGGGUUGAGGACAGGGCCUCCCUUGUGAAGACCUGCAGAGAUGACACAUCAAAGGAGCCUCUCACAGUCAGGGCGGAUGGGAAGGACUUCGCGGGCGGUAGGGCCACAUCCGGCUUUCUCCAGCGCCAGGUCGUUCACAGAGUGGAGGAGCCUCCCCAGAGCACUGGCCCACAAAGUCAUAACAAGUGCAGUGAAUUUGGGAACGCUUUCCCUGACAAGCCCGCACCUGUUUGGCACCAGAAAACCCACACCGGGGAAAGGCCUUUUGAGUGCAACAAAUGUGGGAUAUUCUUUAGCCACGCCUCCGGUCUCUCUCAGCACCAGAGAGAUCACAAUAGAGGAAAGCCUUAUGAGUGCUCCGAAUGUGGGAAGUUCUUCAGCCAACACUGUAGUCUCAUGAGACAUCAGAGAGUUCACACUGGGGAAAGCCCUUAUGUGUGCAGCGAAUGUGGGAAGUUCUUUAGCCGAAGCUCCAACCUCAUUCAGCAUAAGAGGGUGCACACUGGAGAGAAGCCUUAUGAGUGCAGUGAAUGUGGGAAGUCCUUCAGCCAGCGCUCCAAUCUCAUUCAUCAUAAGCGGGUCCAUACAGGCAGAAGCGCGCAUGAGUGCAGAGAGUGUGGGAAGUCUUUCAACUGCAACUCCAGCCUCAUUAAGCACUGGAGGGUUCACACUGGAGAAAGACCUUAUAAGUGCAAUGAAUGUGGGAAAGUCUUCAGCCACAUCGCCAGUCUCAUCCAACAUCGUAUCAUCCACACUGGUGAACGGCCUUACGGGUGCAGAGAAUGUGGGAAAGCCUUCAGCCGGAGCUCUGACCUCAUGAAGCAUCAGAGAGUCCACACUGGGGAGCGGCCUUAUGAGUGCAGCGAAUGUGGGAAAUUGUUUAGCCAGAGCUCCAGCCUCCAUAGCCAUCGGAGACUUCACACUGGGGAACGGCCUUAUCAGUGCCCCGAAUGUGGGAAAUUCUUUAACCAAAGCUCCAGCCUCAAUAACCAUCGGAGGCUUCACACCAGUGAGCGGCCUUAUGAGUGCCUCGAGUGUGGGAAAACCUUCAGGCAGAGGUCUAAUCUGAGGCAACACCAGAAGGUUCACAAACCAGACAGGCCAUAUAAGUGCGGUGAAUGUGGAAAAGCCUUCAGCCAGAGGCCUACCCUCGUCCGGCACCAGAAAAUUCACACGAGAGGAAGGAGUGCAGAGAGUGUGCACCCUCCUCCAGCACAACGAUGUGCACAGGUGAUAAGCUCUGAGAACAGUCUUGAUGAGGGGGCCAUCAGCCAGAGGGUGAACCUUGUUCAUCCCAUUGUCCACAAUGGGCAGAGUCCCUGUGAAUGCUAGUUCUUCUGGAAGCUUUCUGGAACAAAGUAGCAUUUUUCUCACCAUGGACUCUACCAGAGCCUUGCCACUGCGAGUGUUUGAGGUAGAAGCCAUGGAGCUCUGGCAGGUCUCCAAGAAUAUGUGUCAGGCAGUCCUUAUGUUCGGACCUCUUCCUUUUCUGAGAGGGAAUCCUGAGUAGCCUGAGGCCAAGGAAGAUGUCAUUCCUUCCCUCUGUGACCAGUGUAGCUAUGAACAAGACCUAUCUUUGACUGUGAAGACCUGAGCUGGGUUCUGCUGGCGGCUUGCAGAGAAGGUUUCCCUUCUUUCAAAGACAUGGCUGAUCUCAUAUGAUGCUCAUGAUAGAUUUAUCCAGACUCCACAUUACCCAUCCCAACAAGCACCUACUUUACAUUGCCUUAAUGAUCAAGCCACCUAUAAUCAGAUGUGUUUUGAUCACUGUGAAGUGGGUUGAAAACACAGUUAAGGUCUACCAAACGAAAAGGGUUUCUAAAUGUAUUGCCUUGGAGAAAGAGCAGGAUGGUGGAGAAUAGCUCUCGGUCCAGAUUUGGCCUCCAUUGUGUUGCUACUCAAGGUCUCCUGGGAAAGAUGGUAGGACUUUAUGGGCCAAAUGUUGGGAUCUGAGUGGCGUGAAUUUUUGUGAGCCAGGGAUAACCCUGAGGACGGGGCAGUUAUGACAACCUCCUCUGCAUCUGGGAGCGGCAUGAAUAGGGCCCCAUGUUUCCACAGGAUGCCUCACGUUCCCUAGCACUGUUAAGUAGACACUGUUUACCUGACACUUGCCAAGGAGCCAUGUGUCUUGAAGUUUAGCCUCUGGUAGACAGGUGUCCUAACUGUCGGAUAUACUGGCCCAGUGAGACUAUAAUUUGUAUGGAAACACUGGACGUGAGAGUAGAAUAGAUGAGUCUGUAGCAAGCUAGAGGGAAUGUACCUGUUCUAAAAGUACAUCCACAAAUGUUCCUUUGAAUAUGACUGUGCAGGAUUCAGGCUUUGCAGAAAUUCUCAGGACCUCCAGACCUCUGUUCUAUGACUUAGGUCACUGACAGAGCAAAUAUCUAAAGAUUUUGUGGGUAAUAAGGCUCCCUGCACUUUUCGUGCCACAGCUGUUGCUGCUUUGGCGGGAGAAUGGGGCUGGGAGAAGGCAGAUCCUGUACUCCAGGGGUGUAGCAUUUGUCACAUAGCCAUUUUUGCUGCCAAGGCAUGAGAGAGAUUCAAUGUAGGAUUGCCAAAUCCUCUAAUUUCUGACAUGAACGAGAGAUCAGAUUUUUAUGUGCAACAAUUUCUUUAAAUCUUUGUUGAGAUACAGUUGUCAUGCAACAGUCAUCCAUAUUUUAUCUGCACUGUUUAAGAAGUUGUUCAGUAUGUAUACACUCAGGGAACCAACACAGAACCGGGACAACGGACCUAUCAGUCACCCACAAAGCUACCUCAUGCCCUUUACUAUCCCUCCUUGCCUUCCCAGUAAACCAUUGAUUUCCUUA